ACACACACACACACACACACACACACACACACACACACACACACACACACACACACACACACACACACACACACACACACACACACACACACACACACACACACGCUCGAGCUAUUUGCAGAAACACAGGGCGGUCUGAGCUGCAGAAAGAGUGUCCACUCUGCUUCAUCUCACCUUCAUCUGGGAGCCGCUGCCUCCGAUCAUCGGAUUAUUCUAAUCUGAGGAUUUUUUAUUAUUAUUUGAAGGUGAGAGGGGGUGUUUGUUUCUGAGCGGAAUGAGGGUCGUGAAGGCCUGAAGCCUUUUGGUCUCUGGAAAGCUGCCAUGUGACAUUUGGCUGCCAGUGCUCUGCCAGAAGGUCAAAGGGGGCCCCAGUGCAUGUUUGAUAAAAAUGAAGUCCUGUGCCACACACAGCAUCCACCAAGACUUCUUCAGCGACUCUCUGGAUGGUGUCUCCAGGUUUGGAGGCUCUAGUCAAGAACACGAGCCUGCACACAGGUCCAAACCCCCAAGCACCAAAAAGAUUUUCCCCUGGAUGAAAGAGUCCAGACACUCCAAUGAGAACACAGAUUUCACCGAAAAGUGUCCAAGCUCGACCCCGGCCUCCAAGCGCAUGCGCACCGCGUACACGAGCGCGCAACUGGUUGAGCUGGAGAAGGAGUUCCACUUCAGCCGCUACCUGUGCAGGCCGCGGCGGGUGGAGAUGGCCAGCCUGCUCAACCUGAACGAGAGGCAGAUCAAGAUCUGGUUUCAAAACCGGAGGAUGAAGCAGAAGAAGGACCAAAGAGUCCAGGGCCUCUCCACCACGACCUCCUCACCCUCACCCCCAUCCUCCCCCUCCACUGCGUGCAGCCCCACUCUGGCGAGCCUUGGCUAUGUCCAUCUGGGUGCUGAUUACCAGCCGGCUUCCCCUCCGUUCAAACAGCGGCCGGCUUACCCGGCAGAAUACUCCAAAUACCCACCUCCGACCUUUACGCACGAUCCGCAGUUUGAUGUGCGGCAGUACAACACACAAAACCCAACCGUGGGAGACGACCUGAACGGUCCGUACUUCUCACAGAGCUGCUCACCUCAGGACAGAAUCAUGCAAGCUCCAAAACUGACCCAUCUGUAGCACAAAU